AUGCCCGCAGCAUCGCCAGACACAUUACCGACAUCUCCACCCGCCCCAUCUCCUUCGCCUUCUUCAGUUGUCACGCCCUCGAGCACGCCCAAUGACAAGCAAAAGGAUCUAGACAAGGCUGCAGCUGCCAAAGCAAAAAAGAAAAAGAAAGACAAGGCCAAGAAGAAAGCCAAACGACAACGCAAGAACGCGCUCAAGACCAAGAUUGUUGUACGUCGAUUGCCAGCCAAUCUUCCUGAAGAAGUGUUCAUGAAUGCAGUCAAACGUUGGACCGGCGACGAUGUUGUUGACUACAAGUUUUAUGUACCGGGCAAGGUUACGCAGAGCAAAGGCAAAGAAAAUGUUUUUUCUCGUGCGUAUUUUCAUAUGAAGACCAUGGAGGCAGUCAUUGCAUUCCAUCAAGGAUUUGAUGGCCAUAUCUUUGUGGAUAAUCGAGGCAAUGAAAGUCGAGCUGUUGUUGAGUUUGCACCCUUCCAAAAGCUACCCAAAGAGCAAAAGAAUCCUGACUCUCGUCAAGGCACCAUUGAUGAAGACCCUGAUUAUCUAAAGUUUUUGGAUUCGCUCAAAGCCGAACAAGAAAAGAAGGAUGAACCUAGCGACGUUGGUGAAGGUGGAUCACAAUUGGAACGCUUGGAGAAUAGGUUGGCCAUGGUGACAGCACAAACGCUUGCAGCUGAACAAGCCAACAAGCCCAAGACGACCCCACUCCUUGAACACAUUCGAGCCCAAAAAGCAGCACAGGCAGCAGCGAGAGCCAAGGCACAAGCAGCCAAAGCAGCAAAGAAAUCCAUCUUGAAUCGAGAAGCCAAGGCCAAAGGUGCUGCCAGUGGCAAAGAUAGUCCAUCUGGAGAGACACCCAAGAAGUCGAGUCGACGCAACAGGAAGAAAAAGGACAAGGAAAAGAAUAAGGAAAAGGAUGACAACAAUGCAGCGGCUGCUUCGAAUGAGAAUCCAAAGGCUGACAAACCGCCAAAGAAGGAAGGUGGCAAGUCCAAGAGGUCCAAAGCAAAGAAAGAAAAGGAUCAACAAGGUGGCAGUGGUGGCAGCAGCAGCAAAGGCAAACAGGUCAAUCAACAAAGCAAACAACAGGUUGUAUCCAUCCUUGGUCGUCAACAACAACAACCACAGCAGUCAACAAAAAGCGAUGAAUCCAAAGCCAAGGGCAACUCAAGUACUGCUCGACGUACCGGUUAA